AUGGACCGCGGGGCGAUGCAAACCUUCAAAGCCAAAUUGGUCACGGAGACCCCAGCAGUGGACCGUGAGAAACCCUUGGCCUUCCACUUCAGCUGGGCGGACUUUCUUCCUUUACCUGAAGCUCAUUUGGAGAAUCCCCUUCCGAAGAAGCCCAGCCAGAGCUUGCAUGUGAUUCAGGAGAGCCGUGAAGAGAAAGAUGAGAAGGUGUUUCCUUCGAGCCGGAAGAUGCAAGUCAUCAUGAAGAAGCAAAGCUCCAUUCCCGACAAAGCAAGUUUGGUGGAUGGCCGGAGGAAGGAGCACGUCUUGCAAGAGUUGUGCUCUUUGCUGACCCAGGUGGUGCCACCGGUUCACUGUCUACGUGGCGCCCGAACGAUUCAUCUGGUGCAGGCACGUUCACACCUUUCAAAGCUGAACUUUCUGACCAAAGUCGUGAAGAUGGGAAAAUUCUUUGCAUUGCCCGAAGCGGAAACCAGAGUCAGCACCGUCAGCAUGGUCAUGGAUAGUUUGCCACCAGUCUUAGAAAGCCCCAACGCGGAUGACAAGGGCUUCUUCAAACACCGUCCCCGAGCACGUCCUACGUGCUUGGAGGCAUGGCCAGCUGCCCAGAUCAUGACGCAGAUUCGGAUGAAGAAGCAGCCUGCGCUCGUUGAUGGCAAAGAAAAGGCUUCUCAGGUGACUCCAGCGCUUCCUGUGCACGUGAAUCGACACUUGCAUGACUUGGUGGCGGAGGCGCUGGGCGACGUGGGGAGAGUGGCAGAGAGCCAGGGUCACAUGGAGAAGUUGGUCUACAUGGAGAAGUUACAGGACUGGGCGACCUCGACCUCGCGCGGCCACGCGACGGAUCUGCGGCUUUCGCUGCCGAGCUUGGCCGUGAGCGUCUUCCAAGGUCCAGCGUCGAGGUCAAAGAGCCUUCACCGUUGCUUCGCGGCGCAGCUGAAGUCGCCCACGACCUUGGUCCUGCCAGCGACCGCCAUGUCCGGCGCGCAGCUCUGCGGACGCUGGGCGAGUCGCGCCGAGCGCGCCGAGCGGCGGGCGGGCGCCGUGGGCGCCGUCGUUCGUGCAGAGACGACUGUGGAGGCGGGAGACUUGGGUUGGCGCAGCGACACGGCCGACGUGGUGGGCCUCGACCCUGAGAACAGGUUGACUCUGGUGGUCAUGGUCAUGGCGCUCUUCGGCAUCCUGACGGACGACGAUCGAACUGGUUCGGGGACACCGGGGCUGCAGAUUUUGCGCCCCCCACGGCAGGAAGAGCUCGAUUGUGUGCCAGAUGUGCGGAAGGUGCUCCUGAAGCUUCGACUUGAGGGCUCGAAAGACUCGAAGCUUUGCAAGUCCCGACUUGCUGGUCUUCGUUUCAGGGCAAGUGCUUCAGUGAAGAUGGACACCACUGGACCUCCGACCGCCUCGUGGGAAGUGAAGGGAGGCUUUCACCUCUCUGCCAGGUGGAUGGAAAGGGCCGAGGCUCCGAAACCGCGACUGCCGGAGCUCAAGUCGUUGAACAUCACCGUGGCUGGCUUGCCGCUUCUACGAGCUCUUCAUGACUUGACGGCCAAACGCAUCGGUGACAUGCCUGCCCGCAGCGGUGCCCGCAGUCCCAUGCCUUCCUUUCCGGCGCGACCCUUGAAGGGCAAAUUGCUGGCGACCGCAUUGGCGUUUCAUCUCUCUUCCGUCAAGUUGAACCAGACGAAAAGCUGGGCAGAUACCUCGACGGAGAGGUGGGUCGCAUGUGAGCCAAAACGGAGAAGGGCCGUCCAGGCGAUGAUCCAGAGCGUGUCCUUGGCGGUGACAGUGGUCAAGAGACACCAGCCGUUGGAGUAUGAAGUCUACAUGGAAAAACUGAUCUACCUGGAGAAACUGCAAGAAUUGGCCACCAUGAACUCGCGCACGACGGCUCUGCUCUGCGCGACGCUGAGCGUUCCGGUCGAGAUCGCGGCAGGGAUGGGCCUGAGCGUUCCAGUCGUUGUGAACAAGAUCUCCAAGGGCCAAAGGCCGGCAAAGCCUUCGAUCUUCCAUCCCUCCGCGGAUUUUGUGACGCUGAAGCAGCAUGCGCCAUUGGUCUUGAAGCGCUCCAGGCGACGCGUCAUUGGUGAACCUGUGACCGUGGCAGUGAAGGCAGUGAUUAGCGCCAUGGUCCCACCGAUCCAGGACGCGCGGAGGGAGCUGCGAGCGCUGGGAGCGCUGGGAGGCAGCUUCCGGACAGCCCUAGUCGGUGCGGAUCAGCCCGUGUGCGAGGCGGUCGGCGCGGUCAGCGCGGCGCAGGCCUUGGCCGCCCUGAAUGAUACCUGGCAGCCACCUCCAGUGAAAGACUCUCCAGAGGCGCCGCGCCUCGAGUGGCGCCCGGUCGAACAGAUCCGGAGCAUCCGGGUUCGGUCCAACGUCGGGGACGCGCGACGUCGACGUCGGACGCUGCGCGACGGCCGCAAGCGCUAUUCCCUGGGUGCAGAGCCGCGCCCUGCGGCUCGCGCGGCGCACGAUCCGAGCAGUUCGGUGCGGCGCGUGAACUGGCGGGAGAAGGCGAAGGAGCUGAAGUUGGCGAAGAAACGAGGUCAGUUGACCUUCGCUCUCUUCGGUGGAGGGGGCUAUUUCGAGAAGAAGCGCCGGAUGUCCUUCGACUGUGCUGAAUCCGGGACAUUGCCCUGGGUCGAAGCGGUGUAUCCUCACCUGGGCCUCUCCACGCCCUGUGCGGGCGAGCAGAUGGCGAUGGUGUCGCCCUUCGCCUCGCAGCUGGUGGCUACCGGACCCAUUCUGGAGGAAGGCACCGAGAUCACGAGCGCUCUGCGCGCGAUGUGGGCGAGAUGGUCUUCAUCACCAUUUCCCACGGGGGGGCACAUUGGCCUCAAUCUGGCCAUGUCGCUGGAGCGCGUCUGCCGCCCGAUUCGUGCUGUGGUGCUGUUUGAUUUCAUAAGUGACCUGAUCACCUUGUAUCUGCCCGAAGGACUUGACAUUUUGGUGGCUGGCAGCAUCACACAACCCCUCCCCACGCCCUUCUUCCAGAGCGAGCACCACAUCUUGCAGGUGGGUACCUGCUAUUGGCCCGAGGAGGCGCGCGUCGACCCGCUGCAGAACCGCAGCAGCGUGGCCGCCAACCUGCAGCUCUACUCCAGGCGCGACGCGACGCGGGUGUCCUACGCGGGCGCCAAAGGCGCCGUCGCGCGUGGUGCCGGGGGGCGUGGAGGGCGAAGGAGAGAAACGAAGCUGGACCCCCAGGCGGAGGGGUGGGAUGGCCCGAAGGAGCUCGAAACCAGGGGCGAUGUUCAUGGACACCCGAAAUCCGUGGUGAAGAUAGAAGAUGGAUUUCAGGAACUUCAGGAACUCGAUCUCAUCUGGUGA